AUGGCUAUAGUUUUGAGAUAUGUCGACAACCGUGGGGUGGUGAAGGAAAGAUUCAUUGGAGUUAUGCACGUGAAGGAUACAUCCUUUUUGACUCUUAAAGUGGCCAUAGAUGAAGUUUUUACUCGUAACAAGUUGAGUAUGUCCCAGGUAAGAGGACAAUGUUACGAUGGGCAAAGUAAUAUGCGAGGUGCAUUCAACGGUCUAAAAGCUUUGAUUUUACAAGAUAAUGAUUCAGCAUUAUGUGUAUUGCUUUGCACACCAACUUCAGUUAGUUAUUGUGGUUCAUGUAAAAGACAAGACAUGCUACGGGAAAGUCAAAGAGAAAAGGUGCAAAAGUCAAUUGGAAAUAGUGAACUUGAAACCGGAAGAGGUUUAAAUCAAGAGAGCUCUCUUGUUCGAGUGGGAGAUACAAGAUGGGGUUCACAUUUCAAAACAAUCACAAGUUUGAUGAACUUAUUUCCAGAGGUUGUUAAUGUUUUUGCUUAUGUCGAAGAGGAAGGAUCCACUUUAAGUAACCGAAAUCAAGCAUUUGGUAUCUUAAGAUAUUUCAAGACACUUGAUUUCGUGUUUUACUUAGAUUUGAUGUAUGAAAUUUUACACCUCACAAACGUAUUGUCAAAGCAUCUUAAAAAAAAUGAUCAAGACAUUUUAGAAGCGGCUUCUUUGGUUGGAGGGACAAUAGAGGCAUUGAAGUCUUUAAGAGACAUGGGGUUUGCUAAACUUUUAUCGAAUAUAUUUUCUUUUUGUCAAAAACAUAAUCUUAAUAUUGUGGAGAUGAUGGACGAUUAUGUCACAUCGAGAGGCCGUAAGACUAAACUUACUAACCAAUUUCAUUUUGAAGUUCACGGUUAUGGAUAUGCAAAUCAUAGAAUUUGA